AGGUUACAACGAUGCUUGAAGCUUCUGCGAUUGUAUUGGGCGCAGUUGGCUUCGCCGCCGCCACCGUGGUGGCUCCUGCUAUCGUGGGUGCACUGGGCUUCGGCUCUGCUGGAGUCGCGGCCGGUUCGACGGCUGCCUGGGCCCAGUCCACCUUCCUGGGCGGAGUGAUUGCGAAGGGCAGCCUCUUCGCCACCCUCCAGAGCUGGGGAGCGGCCGGCAUCCCCAUCGCCGUGAAGCUCGUCACUGGCGCGGCCGCAGCGGCAGCGGCACGGCUCAUUUAAAGCGGCAGCGAAGACGACUCUAAAAUUGUUUCCUCCGAGUCGAUAAAGUUGGCUUUCAAUCUUA